GUUAGUUGUCUUGUUUAUUCUGUUCUUUUUUUACUCUUUUGAUGUUGCUUGGCUUGAGUCAUUGUUAUUACAGGUCGGUGACCUUUGAUGACUCACACUUUUCGUGAAUAAAACAGUCUUAGUCUUAAGAAACUUUUUGCUGGUAGUCUACAAAACAGAAAACUCUGACGGGUGCUGAUAUUCUUCGAAAGAAACUAUAUCCAUCGGAAAGAAUUAAAAAACCCAUGCCCAUACCCAUCACUAAAGCUUUUUGCCUAUACUCACGGGUAUCUAUGGACACACACGCAGAUCUCUAUUGAAGAUAGGAAAUAUACGCUAUCCUUUACAUAGAAUUCAGUCAUAUAAUUUCAAUUCUUGAUCGAUGUGUUGUUUUUGUAGAUGACUCCAUUAAAACGUCGCCGUUUACUAUUCAGUAAAGCAAAAUUAAAGGCUGUUAGUAGAACAUCAGCAUUACUCUCUGGUUUUGCAAUGGUGGCCAUGGUAGAAGUCUCGUUGGAUGAUCAUAAAAAUUCAAAAUCAAGUGUAUCAAAUCCAUUAUUGAUUGUUUAUUCAAUUGUAACAUGUUUAUUAGUUGGUGUCCAUCUUUUAGCAUUAAUGAUAAGCACUUGUAUACUACCACAACUAGAAGCGGACAUUAUUGUUGGUAACGAAGAAUCAUCGCAUGAAACAAUGCAUGUUUAUAUUGAACUUGCUUGGAUAUUAAGUACCGGUCUAGGAAUAUUUUUAUUUCUUGUGGAAAUUGCACUUGUAUGUUGGGUAAAAUUUUUUUUCGUCACUCGUCCAGCUGCCAUCGCCACAACAAUUGUGAUUAUUCCUAUUAUUAUUAUAUUUUGUGUAUUUUCCCUACAUUUUUAUCGACGGUUAGUAUCGUUCAAAUUAAGUCGACAUCAAGAUGAGCUGAAAGAGAUUGAACAUUCGCUAACAAUUGGAAAAUUAGCAUCAAAUAAUAUAUGCUGA